AUGCCGUCGAUUUCUAACGAACCCGCACGCUCUCAUUCGUCUGCUGGCCGGAUCACAGCCGGCCUUUUGUUAUCGUUCCUAGCACUAUCUCCAUUAUCUGCUGUGCUAGCAGCGUCUCCAGAUCCGUUACGAGCUACACAUAUUACUGACAAUAUAUUGGCUCCUGGGCCGUUUAUCGGCGGAGGCUCUGGAGACGGAGGAGCAAUUAGGGGGGGAGGGGCUCAUACCUUUACUCUGCGCCACAUUUUACACCACGGUGCUGAACUAUACCCCUAUCAGCUUCGCAGGCUCGACAUUCAUGAAGAUACCCUGGUUGCUACCGAGGAAGAUCCCCAGCUUAGGCCGCCCCCGAGAUUAAAAGCAACCUCGCGGUCCCGUAAAAUAACACGACUUGCGGACCGCUCUAAAGAUACUAUCGAGAAUUAUCUAUGGGCACAGCGUGCCCAUGUCCCGACUACCUUUUCUGCCGAUGCCUGGACAAGCGAGGAGAUUCCACAACCCAAUAUAACCGAUAAAGCCACGGUCCUAAGCUUGGCACGUAUCGCACAAGCCGCGUACGUUGAAGUUGAAGGCGGCGACGGUUGGAUGGAUGUUGGAAACAGUUAUAACGUUACAGGCGACUUUGGUUGGGAGGGUGAUGGAUUAAGGGGACACAUUUUUUCUGAUGAAACUAAUUCAACAAUCAUCAUCGGACUCAAAGGUACAAGUCCCGCCGUAUUCGAUGGUCCGGAGACCACUACAAAUGACAAAAUAAACGAUAAUCUCUUGUUCUCGUGCUGCUGCGCAAGAGUCUCAAGGUGGUGGAAGACGGUCUGUGACUGCUUCUCUGGCACGGCCUACACUUGUGAUAAUAUAUGUUUGAAGGAAUCCGUCACGGCAGAGAACCGGUACUACCGUGCUUCCCUUAACUUGUACUACAACGUGACGCAGAUGUACCCCAACGCAAACGUCUGGCUUGUUGGUCAUUCCCUCGGCGGUGCUGUCUCAUCUCUUUUAGGUCAGACGUACGGGCUCCCGGUUGUAACUUUUGAAGCUCCCGGUGAAGCUUUGGCUGCCCAGCGCAUUGGCCUUCCAAAGCCACCUGGUGAUCCCAAGGGGCUAAAUGGAAUGUCCGUAUAUCAUUUUGGUGUUACAGCAGAUCCAAUCUUUAUGGGAGUCUGUAAUGGUCCAACCUCCGGUUGCUCUAUCGGAGGAUAUGCCUUGGAAACAAGAUGCCAUGCCGGGUUUGAGUGUGUGUAUGAUGUUGUGUCCGACUUAGGCUGGAGGGUUGGUUUAGGAUACCACAGGAUUCAAAGUGUCAUUAAGGAUGUCAUCGAAGUUUACGAGACGGUUCCGGAAUGUAUCUUCGAUGACGGUUGUGUCGACUGCUUCAACUGGAAAUACAUCGAAGGAAACGAUACUCAACCUACCACCACACGUACGACAAGUGUACCUACAAGUACCAGUACAACUACAUGCACAUCACCUGGAUGGUGGGGGUGCCUAGAUCCAACAACAACUAUCACGACGACAACUAGUCCGCCAACUAUUACUACUACUACCACUACAACAAAGGCAACUACCACUUGCACUCGUUAUGGCUGGUUUGGGAAUUGUCUCGAUCCCUCACCGACGACAGCAACAAGCACAUCCACUGCUUUCAUCACUAUCACAACCACUUCAACAUCAACCACUGCCACUGAAACUUGUUCCCAUUACGGCUUUUUCGGGAAAUGUCUGGAUUCUACUACAUCAAGCCCAGUCAGUGCUACAGCUACAGUUACCCCUCCAGUGGAGACCUGUAAAAAAUAUAAUUUCUUCGGAAAAUGUGCUGAUCCUGUUGAAACCGACACGCCUACCAAGACUACUAAGACCGUAGACCUACCAGUACCAACUCAGACUGGCAAAAAUGAGGAAGCUCAAAGCUGCAUUAAGAGGGCGCUUGGUGGGUUCGGAUGGUGUGCCCAGUGGAGUUCUGCGAACCUUGACGCGGAGCUCUGA